AUGCAGCGGCGGCAGACAAACGGCGAGAGCAAGUCUCGAGUCGCCAUCGUCGGCACUGGACUGGCGGGCCUGACGACGGCGUAUCUGCUGCACAACGACAAGCACAGGCGCUACGAGGUGACGCUCUUUGAACAGGCUCCCAGGUUCUCGCUCGAUGCCGCCUCCGUCACCGUCAAGAAUGACAAGACGGGCGCCCUCGAGCGCAUCGACAUCCCCCCUCGCAGCUUCUGCAGAGGCUACUAUGGCAACCUGUGCCGCAUGUACGACCAUCUCGGCGUGCCCUUUCAGCGAGUCCAGCUCGUCUGGGUCUUUGCCAAAGUCUCCGCCGCCACGCAGACCCAGAUCCCCAGCCGGGACGCCGCCGAGACGAUGCCCGGCAGCUACUUUGUCUACGGCAAGCGGCUGCACGAGGCGCUGCUCGUCUCGCCGCAUUUCUGGCGCGGGUCGCUGCAAAACAUCCUGCAGACGUUUUACCUGGCCGUUUGCCACAUCUGGUUCUUUGCUGCUUGUUUCUUGCUGAGGCCGCUGACGAUUAAGCCCGAGGCGUAUCUGGAUGUGAAGUCGGGCUCCAAGGAUGUUGCCAGUUGCGAGUCGUUCCGGCAGUACCUCGAUCGAGUCCGGCUGCCGCAGAACUACGUGCUGUAUUACCUGCUGCCUGUGCUGAGCAUCAUCUGCAGCUGUUCUCACGCCGAGAUGCUGGAUUUCCCGGCCAGUGAUGUGACGGAAUUCAUGAAGGGGUCGUUUUUGCGAAAGACGUAUGUUGCCAGCGGCGGAAUCAACCGAGUUCAGGCGACACUGGCUGAAGGAAUCGAAGACGUCCGGCUGGAAACCAGAGUUACAAAGGUGGACCGAGUCGAUGGAGGAGUCUUGAUCCGCCAUGAAGGCACACAAGACGCCACACGCUCUACUUGCGAGGAGACAUUUGAUCACGUAGUGCUCGCCGUGUCGCCAAAUGUGGCAGCCGCCAUCUUUAACCCGUCCAAGCCCAUGCUGAGCGUCAUCCCCACGGUUCCCGUCACAAGCACAGUCGUUGCUCCUCCGUCUUCGGGAUUGUCUAUUGUGCAGGAGCAGACUCAUAUCCCGUCUGGACAGUGCUCAUACCGCCGCGGCGACGCUCAAAUCAUGGCCUUUAGGACGACCUUUUCCGAGAGCGUCGUCCAGACCGAGUCAUUGCACUAUCUGUCUGACGGACUCGUCGUCAGGACGAGCCCUGUUGGAGAUGCGCCCGAGUUGAAGGGCGCGCUGGACACGUCGAGGUUUACGCGGACGCUGCGCACCACGGAAAGCAGAGCCAUGGUGCAGAGAGUCAUGGGGACGGGCAAAUCGGAUCCUGCAGAGACGGGGGUGUGGGUGAAUGGAAGGGAUAACGUGUGGAUUGUGGGAUCUUGGUGCUGGGACGGCAUGGUGCUGCUGGAGGGAUGUAUCAUGUCGGCAAUGAGGGUGGCACGAGAUCUUGGCGUGGCUGUCCCGUGGCAGCAGUAG